AUUUCCCUUUAGCAGCUGCAGCAAAAUUUAAAAAACGUUACAUACUUUCGAUACAGAUUCAUACCAUUAAAAAUGUCGAUUCUGCCGGUUGCUGUUCGCCCCGCGUGUCUUUUAUACACCUCCAAAGUGUGCAGCCAUCCAGUUUCAUUCUAUUCAAUACAAAAUCGUCCAAAGCGACCAUUGACAAGUUUCUUUCUGUUCCUUGGGGAGAAAAGAAAACAACCUCAAUAUGCAGGUCUUCGUGUCUAUGAAGUGACGAAGGUUGCAGCAGAAGAAUGGAAACAAAUGGAUGAAAAUGAAAAGCAGCCUUAUGUUGAUGAGAUGAAAGCUUCAUUUUCUACAUUCCAUGAAAGAUAUCAAGAGUAUUUGAACCAACUGUCAGAUCUUGAAAUUCAUGAUUUAAAAAUUGAUCGUAUGACCAAACGAGAGGAAAAAGAGAAAAAAAGAGAAAAACAGAUGAAGCUUAGGUUAGGAGAACCAAAGCGAGCUCGAAGUGCUUACACGUUCUUCAUGAUCAAUAAACUUAAAUCUGUCCCUUUAAAAGACAAAAGUGACUUUUCAGCCGCUGUACAAAAAUGUGCUCAUGAAUGGAAUGCUCUGUCUUUGGAAAGCAAAGAGGUUUUUCAAGCAAUGGCUGAUAAGGAUAAAGUACGACAUCACAAUGAGAUGCAGGAAUUUAUUGCUCGUGUCAAAGAAGAGGAUAAAAUUUAUCUUCUUCCUAAAGUGGAGCAAACUAAGUUAAGGAGGAAGGAGCGAUUGAGAGCUUCGAAAGAGUCCUUGGAGCGAAUGUUGUCAUCCACUGUGGAUAAGAUGAGGAAGUGGGACAUCCAGGAAGAAGAGGAAACAAUCCCAAAAAAUGUCUAGUGAGUCAAUUGAUCAUGAGUUUGUGAUAAACUUUUUUAAGUUCAUGUGAAACUCCAUUUAUCAUCUAUAUGCGUUGUGUAUCCUGUCACCUGGCAGCAGGGUAAAGUUACUGUCAGGGUGCUGGAACAUAUAACACCCUUAUUUUAAAAGUUGCUGUGACACCCCACACAGGCACCCCUGGUGUUACGCCUAUGGUACCACAACAUUUGAUAGAUAUUGUUGAAUUGCAUAUAGCUAAGUGUUUUGUUAAUAAUUUUGUAAAUUGCCCAACUACAUUCUUUGCAUAAACAAGUGAUCCAAGCCUUGUCCUAUUUGUAAAUAAAGUCUAAUGCAUUUCA